CCAGAGAGGCAGCGGGCGGGGUUCCGCCGCGAUGGCGGCCAUGGCGGCAGAGGAGGAGCAGUACGAGGCGGUGCUGUGUGUGAAGCCCGCAGUUCACGUCUACCGGGUGCCGCCGCGGGCCUCCAACCGCGGCUACAGGGCCGCAGAGUGGCAGCUGGAUCAGCCGGCCUGGAGCGGGAGGCUGCGGGUCACAGCCAAGGGCAAGGUCGCCUUCAUCAAACUGGAGGACAAGAACUCGGGCGAACUCUUUGCCCAGGCCCCGGUGGAGGAGUUCCCUGGCAUCGCCGUGGAGGGCGUGACCGACUCCAGCAGAUACUUUGUCAUCCGGAUCGAAGACGGCAACGGCCGCAGAGCGUUCAUUGGAGUCGGCUUCGUGGACCGAGGGGAUGCUUUUGACUUCAACGUGGCUCUCCAAGACCAUUUUAAGUGGGUGAGGCAGCAGAGUGAGCUGGCCAGGCAGGCUGAGAACCCUGAGCAAGGACCCAAACUGGAUCUGGGCUUCAAGGAGGGACAAACCAUCAAACUCAACAUUGCAAAUAUGAAGAAAAAAGAAGGAGCAGCAGGGAACACCAGGCCUCGUCCCAGCAGCCUGGGGGGCCUGAGCUUGCUCCCACCACCUCCUGGAGGAAAAUCCUCUGUUUGUCCUUCAGUCCCUGCACCCACCCAGCUGCCUGGCACCCCCAUCACAGACUCCCUCCUGUCCUGGCCCCAGCCUCCUGCUGCUCCCUCUGCUGCUGCCCCCGACGUCUGGGGAGACUUUGCCAAAGCUCCAGGCUCAGCCUCUAACCAGCCCCAGACAAGCUCAGGCUGGGUGCAGUUCUGAGCUCUGCCCCGUGCUGGGAUCGUGGUGAUUCCUUCAGGACCAAAAUGGGGGAUUUGGGACCCCCCCACUCCAGCCAUUCAACCUCUCCCCAAGCAUCAAACUGCUGCAGUGGAUGCCAGCAAGCAAACAGGUGCCUUAAAACACUCCACACCAGCACUGCCACCUCGGGGCUCUUUGGGUUUCCACCUGGAUUGCAAGGAACCUCCAAACUUCUCCUUUUCCACCAAAAAAA